UACCCAGAACAGCGAUUAUAUGAAGGCGACAGUAAAGACUGACAUGGCAGAGAGAAUGGCAGAGAUGGAGGAAGACAUUGGAGAUCUGCCAGUCGGAGAGGAUGACAAUGACUCAGACGGAGAUGAAGAUGAGAGACUGUUUGCUUGGAUGGUAAAUGACGACAUGGAUGAGGAAGAGGAAGAAGAAGAGGAGGAGGAAGAGGAGGAAGAAGAGGUGGAGGAUGAACAGCCCUUGGACACUGACGCAUCUGAAUCGUUUGAGUUGGAUACCCCAGCUGAGCGCAGUGGUCAUAUAGCAGUGGUUGACAGAAACAUCAUGUAUGUUUGGGGUGGAUACAAGAAUGCUCAAAACCACGGAUUCUUUGACUUGUAUCUGCCGAGAAAUGAGAUCUGGACAUACAACAUGGAGUCAGGAGUAUGGGCAAAGCAUGUAGCCGGAGGUAACCUGCACACAUCCAUGUCAGGCAGCUGUGGGGUGUGUGUUGACGGAGUCCUCUACUUAUUUGGAGGUCAUCACUCCAGGGGAAACACAAACAGGAUCUACCGCCUGCCCCUGAGAGCUCCCAGCCUUGUUUGGGAGGAAAUGAGGGAUCUUAAAGGACUCCCUCCGUCCUGCAAGGACAAGCUAGGGUGCUGGGUUCAGAAGAACAGACUCAUAUUCUUUGGGGGCUACGGCCACACUGCACAAGGAACUCAUCAAGGGACCUUUGAAUAUGAUGAAACAUCUUCACUUGUGUGGGACAGCCCUGGACGAGGCUGGAACAAUCACAUCCACAUCCUGGACCUGGAGACAUCGACAUGGAGCCAGCCCAACACCACGGGGAACACUCCAUCACCCAGAGCAGCUCAUGCUUGUGCCACAGUUGGUAACAGAGGCUUUGUGUUUGGGGGACGAUACAAGAACUACAGACUAAAUGACCUGUACUACAUUGACCUGGACACAUGGGAGUGGCAUGAAAUGAGCGUUCCUCAGCAGGGUCCUGUGGGCCGGUCCUGGCACUCCUUCACUCCUGUGUCACCAGACCACAUCUUCUUAUUCGGAGGUUUCACCACAGACAGAGAGACACUGAGUGAUGCUUGGCUGUACUACGUAAGCAAAAAUGAAUGGAAGCCUUUCAAACACAGUCACACAGAGAGCCCGAGGCUGUGGCACACAGCGUGCUCCGGUCCUGAUGGAGAGGUGUUUGUGUUUGGCGGGUGUGCCAACAACCUCUUGUCUCAUCACAGAGCUGCUCACAGCAACGAGUUACUGGUUUUCAACGUUCAGCCCAAAUCACUAGUUCGGUUCUGUAUGGAGGCCGUUCUGCAGCACAGGGAGCGUUUGUCUAGUUACUGGGACUGCUUGCCUAAACACCUCCUGCACAGUCUCAAACAGAGAAUGGCACGCGUCAACACACUGGGCUCCUAGGCCAAGAGGAAGUCGUCAAUCCAUUCCAGAGGAUUACAGGAGGAUAUGUAUGUACGGAUGAGUGUUAUUCUCAAAGCAGGUAGUCCUGUUGGGAGCAUUAGUUUUAAUGUGUGUGUGGACAAAUAAAAACAAAAUCUCUAAGCAAUAGUGAACAGCUGUGGAACUGUUGGAAAUGGGUCCUGACUGGCGCACGCUAAAGUUCACAGAUUAUCCUCAAAGCUGUUUACCAUCUCAUGUCAAACUGUUGCAAAGCCAGUAGAACCUUCCCUUUCCUUCACGUCCUGUAGUUACACCCAGGAGUCAUGAAAAGAGUUUUGGUCCUUUUUUUUAAAAACAAACACAUAAACCAGUUGCUGGUUGAACUUGUGGUUUUCACCGUCUUCCUCAGAAAUUGACUUAAAAUGAUUAAUGUUUUAACAUUAAACAGCAGCAGUAGACUGGAACAGGUUUGCUUAAACAGUGCAGAUUGUUUUAGGGAUCCUGUUGCUUUAACUAAUGUUUGGCACGAUCUUUAAUACCGAUGUUUGCUAAAUCUUGGAUAGUUUAAGUUCUCACAGACCUAAAAACUAGUGUUUUGUUACGCAAGACUAUCUCCUCUGAAGCCACAGAAAUGUUAAUUUUUAUUUAUAUAUUAUAUAUAUACACAUACAUACAUACAUAUAUAGGUAUUUAUAUUUGUGAGGAAAUAUGUGGGUUCUUUAUUCUUCCUUUUUAAAUUGUCAUAAGUGGCUCCUGUAGCAUUUUAAUUGUAUUUAAACAAUAACUUAAAAUACUACGAGUGUAUUGGAUGUUGAGCCAAGUUGCACUGAAAGGCCUAAUGUCAGUAGGGCUUUGUUUGUAUUUGCCUGGUUUGCACAAUGUUCCCUUGAUGAUUUUUAUUGUAGAAUACAAUGCAUAUUGUUACUUCGUACUCCCAAGAAUAAACACAUACCAUAAGUUGUGUUCUGUUCAGCUUUGUUAAUUUACAUGUUUUCAUUUAAAACAAAUUGUUGAUGGACAGAAACAAUGAUUGAUGUCCUGUAAUGAUUAUGCUUGAAAUGUAGACGAAGUGGGCAGAGUCCCGUGGCUCUCAUUUCUUCUUGGCAGCCAGCAGGUUUGGAGCAGACACUUUAACUUUGCCCGGCAUGUUUCUGGAUAGAUCAGUGUCCUGAAACACAGGAUAGUGGAGAGAGAGAGGGGGGGGGGGACACAGUUGAAUUGUAACAUCAGGAAAAACAAACUACCCUGUGAUUAUGGAUGUAACUAAUGAUGAUUGAUUAAAGAUUCUUUUUUUCUAAA